CACUAUGUCAGCGGGCUGCGCGUAAGAUCUACUGCGCAGCAGCAACAUAGAACUGUCAUGCGUUCGUAAGUCAUCGGAAGGGUUUUGUUUGUCCGACGCAGUAUCAUCAUGGCACCUGUGAAGAUGGACGGUCCAGAUGACACCAUGCUGUCCGACGGCGUCGGGGAGGAGCAGAGGGCCUCGGGGGUGCUUAAGGGCCUGGAGUGCAUCGCCCCCCUGGUGCGCUCCGUGGAGGAGACCCUAGAGCCCAUCCCCACCGCCGUGCAGGGGACCAUCCCCUCUUGGAUCCGCGGCAACCUGCUCCGCAAUGGGCCCGGAAAGUUUGAGUUUGGGAACACGCACUAUAACCACUGGUUUGACGGCAUGGCGUUACUGCAUCAGUUCAAGAUCCAGGAGGGAGAGGUGACCUACCGCAGUCGCUUCCUGCAGAGCGACUCCUACAGGAAGAACAGCGAGAAGGACCGCAUCAUGGUGUCCGAGUUCGGGACGCUGGCCCUCCCCGACCCCUGUCAAAACUUCUUCCAGCGCUUUCUCUCCCGCUUUGAGAUGAUCAAGCCCACGGACAAUGCAAGUGUGAGCUUUGUGAAAUACAAGGGAGACUACUACGUCAGCACUGAGACCAACUUGAUGCACAAAGUGGAUCCAGAAACCCUAGCGUCGAUAGAAAAGGUCGACUGGAGUAAGUUUGUGGCUGUGAACGGGGCCACGGCCCACCCCCACUGCGACCCUGAUGGGACGGUGUACAACAUGGGCAACUCGUACGGCAGCAAAGGUGCGCUGUACAACAUCGUGCGGGUCCCUCCAGAGAAGAAGGACUCCACUGACUCGCUGCAGGGAGCCACAGUGCUGUGCUCCAUCAUGCCUGCCAACAAGUCCCACCCCUCCUACUACCACAGCUUCGCGAUGUCCGAGAAUUACGUGGUUUUCAUCGAGCAGCCCAUCAAGAUGGACCUGCUGAAGAUCGUGACCUGUAAGCUGAGAGGGAAGGGGCUGAGCGAAGGCAUCUACUGGGACCCCAAGCAGGACACCGUGUUCCAUCUGGUGGACAAGAAGACAGGCCAGGCGAGCUCGGUGAGGUACCACACCAAGGCCAUCUCCACCUUCCAUCAGAUCAACGCCUUCGAGGAAGACGGCUUCCUCAUGCUGGACAUGUGCUGCUCAGAGGACGGCCAGGCCAUCAACAACUACCUCAUCCAGAACCUCCGCAAGUCUGGAGACGCCCUCGACCAGGUCUAUAACGAGAUGACCAGGGUGUUCCCCAGGCGCUUUGUCCUGCCACUGGGUGUCACCAGCGACACCCAGAGUAACCAGAACCUCAACACCAGACCCGACAGCCUGGCCACCUGUUUAAAGACCGGCCAGGACAAGGUGUUGUGCCAGCACGAGGAUCUCCAUGGCGACGAUCUCCUUGACUACGGAGGCCUGGAGUUCCCUCAGAUCAACUAUGGGCAGAACAACACGCGGCCGUACCGCUACUUCUACGGCUGUGGCUUCAGACACCUGGUGGGGGACUCCCUGCUGAAGAUGGACCUCAAGGACAAGUCCCUCAAGGUGUGGCAGCAGCAGGGCUUCUACCCGUCUGAGCCGGUGUUCGUGCCCUCGCCCGACGCUGUGGACGAAGACCAAGGAGUCAUCCUCUCUGUGGUGCUCACACCCUCACAGGAUAAAGGAACCUUCCUCCUUGUCUUGGAUGCCCAAACAUUCGAGGAGCUGGGAAGAGCUAAUGUGCCGGUCAACAUUCCCUACGGAUUCCAUGGAACCUUCAACCCAACCGCCUAAAAAUAUCAGUCUAAACCCGCCCUGACCAACGUCCAGGGGGACAGUGUUCUCAUCACAGCUCUCCCAGGGUGGGACUCUGGGACAGGGCCGACCCAGGGGUAGGACAGAGAAGGUAUUAACAUAAAAUGAAUCAACUAAUUUUGAACCAAUAUUGUCAUAUGUAGAUUGACACGACAAUUUUCCUAUUGUGAUUCCUAGUCAAGUUUAGUCUGAAUUGUGUGAACUGCCUUACAAAGUACACAAUUUGAGAUUUCAAAUGGGUUGAUAUGAAAGAUCUGAGUGAUAUCAGAGCUCGGUACUAUACACAUUUAUCAGGUAUCAUCAGGGCCGACGGACUGCGGGGGAAAGUGAGACAGUUGUGGGGGGGCCCAAGGCAGAGGGGGGGCCCAUGGCAAAAAAUAAAUAAAUAAAUAAAUAUUGAAUUAUCCACCAGCCCAUAGUGUUCGGAGU